UUUCCUACUCAUCGCUUGAGCGACGCUUGCUCUAAGCUCCUUCUGGUUGAGCUCAAGCUUCAAGUCUCCAUAGCAGAAACUUGAAGCUCUCUUGCUCUCUCUCUCUCUCUCUCCAUCUCUCUCUUUAUCCCUCUCUCUGAGUCUCAUCAGUAACUUUUAGGGCUGGGCAUCUGAGCAUCGCCUCGCCGCCUCCUCUCGUCUCUGUGAUUCCUUCAGUUGAAGUCUCGACAUCACACACCACCGAACAGGUGCGCAUCAUUGGCUCGUCGUGAGCUGGAGUUGCUCAUCUCCGAUCACAACAAUCGGCGGCCAUAAAAAGGGAAAAAUUACCCCUCAAAACCCUAAUUCGGCGACUCAGCUGCAAUAGCCCAAGUAACAGUGAUUGACCCGCUCCCUUGCUUUGGUUGCUUGUGUCUAUAUGGCGGAUUCAGGUGGAAAUGCAGAACCUGGAGAAGCGGCCAUAAAAAGGGAAAAAUUACCCCUCAAAACCCUAAUUCGGCGACUUAGCUGCAAUAGCCCAAGUAACAGUGAUUGACCACUUCCUUGCUUUGGUUGCUUGUGUAUAUAUGGCGGAUUCAGGUGGAAAUGCAGAACCUGGAGAAGUUUGCAACUUCUUCCGGAAGCCAUUAAAGAAGCAAAACAUUAGAAAGCGAAGGGUUGAUGAAGAUGAGGAGGAUGACGACUCAAAAUCUGGGGGCACAUCAUUACCAAGUCAAAGAAAAGCCUCAAAGCUUGAUGGCAAGUUGUAUUUUUCUAGUGAACCUGCUAAGUGCUCUACUCUUGAUAGUAGUGCAAUCUUUGAGUUCAAGUCUUCAAAAGAAAUCCAAGUUGAACAUGAUAGUGGAGCAACUGCGACUUUGGAGACUGAGACUGACUUCUCUAGAGAUGCCCGAGCAGUUCGUGAGAGAGUUCUUAAGCAGGCAGAGGAAGCUUUGAAGGGGAAGAGCAAAGUCACUGGGAACGACAAGUUGUAUAAAGGGAUCCAUGGAUAUACUGAUUACAAGGCUGGGUUCCGAAGAGAGCUAACGGUGGCCAGUGAGAAAGCGGGAGGUUCCCAUGGGCCACUUAGGGCUUCUGCUCACAUCAGAGCUACCACAAGAUUUGAUUACCAGCCAGACAUCUGUAAGGAUUACAAAGAGACUGGUUACUGUGGGUAUGGAGAUUCCUGCAAGUUUAUGCAUGAUCGUGGAGACUACAAGUCUGGGUGGCAGAUGGAAAGGGAGUGGGACGAAGCAGAGAAAAUAAGGAAGAGAAAUUUAGCUUUGGGUGAGGAUGAUGUGGACCAGACUGACGAAGAUGACGAGGAUGAUGAGGAUGGCUCAUUGCCGUUUGCAUGUUUCAUCUGCCGCCAACCAUUUGUUGAUCCUGUUGUGACUAAAUGCAACCACUACUUCUGCGAGCACUGCGCACUAAAGCAUCAUUCAAAGAACAAGAAGUGCUUUGUGUGCGAGAAGCCUACUCUUGGCAUAUUCAACACAGCUCAUGAGAUACGCAAAAGGAUGGCUGCAGAGGGCAAAUAACAGCCAGUACAUUCACUUAUUGAACUCAUUGCUUUCAAGGCAUGUGAGCAGUAACAUUUCCACACUCCAUGGUCAAGUUUUGAAGAGAAAGUUCACUUGUGAUCCUUUCAAGGCAUAUGAGCAGUAACAUUUCCACACUCCAUGGCAGAGCUAGAUGAAAUUCGUUUUAUUUUGUUAAUGUAAAUCUGUUUUAAUCUUUCUUUCUUUGGUGGUAUAUCAACGUUGCCCGUAGCAGGGCCUCAAGUUUUGCAUCACCUAUGUAUAGCUGAUCUAUUCAUCUGAUGCAUCCGUUCAAUAUGUAUGCAGCAAUCAUCAGUACAAAAUAA